UAAGGUUACAACGGAACGGAUGGGAAAAGCGAGGUUAUUUAUAACCGUUUUACUAUAAAGUUCGACAACUAACGUGAAAUCUAAGCAAAUUAUCACCGUCACAGCAACCACCGCAUCCGGGGGUGGGCUAACCGUAUGCAGCCACGUGGCGGCAUGAUUUUCUUAAAUGAGGUCCCACUCAACUUCUGGGAAGAUUAACAGGUGCCUUGCGCGGACGAUCACCAACAAUUGCCGUCACUCACUCGCUUGUCCUUUUUAUUUAUUAUAUAUAGAAUUUGACUUUGAGAGAUUGCGAAACAAAUUUACGAUUUUUAUUGAAUGCUUUGUUUUUGUAAAAAUGUCUCUUUAAAUUAAAACAGCCUCUUCUUUGAAGUUAUUGGGUAGUUUCGUGUGUUUCUACGGAGUCCGUUUAUUCGGUUUUGUCGUUGAGAAAUCAAUGUUGUUUGUGAUGGUGAUUUGGUGAUUGAUCUUUGAGCCUGUGCGUGUGAGAGAGAUGGGAGCUUGUGUGUCGAAGCCGGAGGGGUGUGUUGGUGGAAGAUUGAGGUCGUCCAAGAAGAAGAACCGCAAAAGGAAGAAACGAGUGUCGUCUCGCUUAUCUGAUGGAUCACUUGAGCACCCUGCACCAUUUGAUCACCGUUCAUCUUUCUGCAACCCCGCUUUGCAAGCAGGAAGUCUUGAUGAAGCUUGGUUUGAUACAGCUGCAAAAUUUGAGUCUGAUUGUGAUGAUGAUUUUCAGAGUGUACAGGAUGAUGUGUUAUCUCUAAAUGGUUCUGAAGGAUUGUCUAGAUCAAGUAAUGCUUCUCCUAGAGAUGCUAAUUAUCGAGCUGACCAGUUGCUGAGACCAGAGGACUCAUCAGCGGGAAAUUCUGCUCGCAAUUCUGUCAGUGAGGUUGGCAAAAAUUCAAAUAUUCAGGUCCCAAGCUCUGGUAAUGUUGAUCCCCAAUCAAAAUCAGAUGGGCUUUCUAACGAAGGAAAUCAACCUGUGUUCCUUGAUGAGAUCACACCCUGUGUGGAUGAGGCUUCUGGCAAGGAUGAUGGACUGUUGGAUAAUUGUGGGAUUCUUCCUAGCAACUGUUUGCCUUGUCUUGCUUCUACUGUUCCCUCAGUUGAAAAGAGAAGAUCACUAAGCUCUAGUCCACCAAGGCCAUGGAAAAAGGCUGCUUCAAAGCUUUCCUUUAAAUGGAAGGAUGCACAUGCUAAUGCUACUCUAUUUUGUUUUGUCUUUCACAAUUGUAUUUCAGUUUCUUCAAAGAGGCUUCUGUCAAGGCCGGUAGCAGGUUCUCAAGUACCUUUCUGCCCUGUAGAGAAGAAGAUGCUUGAUAGUUGGUCACAGAUUGAGCCAAAUUCUUUUAAAGUUCGAGCUGAGAAUUACUUCAGGGACAAGAAGAAGGAUUUUGCUCAUAACCACGCCGCAUAUUAUCCAUUUGGUGUUGAUGUAUUCUUAGCUCAGCGAAAAAUAGAUCAUAUAGCUCGUUUUGUGAAACUUCCUGCAGUUAGUUUGAAAGGGAAGCUUCCACCUAUCCUUGUUGUAAAUGUCCAGGUUCCGUUAUAUCCUGCCGCAAUCUUUCAAAAUGAAAUUGAUGGUGAAGGAAUGAGUUUUGUUUUGUAUUUUAAGCUUUCUGAUAGUUAUGCCAAAGAACUUUCACCACAUUUCCAAGAAAAUCUCAGAAGGUUAAUUGAUGAUGAGGUUGAAAAGGUCAAAGGCUUUCCUGUAGAUACAAUAGUACCUUUCCGUGAAAGGUUGAAAAUAUUGGGCCGUGUUGUGAAUGUGGAAGAUCUUCAUUUGAGUGCAGCUGAGAGAAAACUUAUGCAGGCUUAUAAUGAAAAGCCUGUUCUUUCACGCCCACAACAUGAGUUUUUCUCUGGAGAAAAUUACUUCGAGAUUGAUAUAGAUAUGCACAGAUUUAGUUACAUUUCUAGGAAAGGUUUUGAAGCAUUUUUGGACAGACUGAAGCUGUGCGUCCUGGAUGUUGGCCUCACAAUUCAGGGGAACAAAGUUGAAGAGUUGCCAGAGCAGAUCUUGUGUUGUAUACGGUUAAAUGGUAUUGACUACAUUAAUUAUCAACAACUGGGGCACGGUGAAGAGGCCCUCCGAUUAUAAGUUUGCGAAAACAAUGCAAGGAUGAAAACAGCAUUCAAUGAAAAAUUAAUUUCCACAGAUAUUUCUUUUGCAUUUUGUUUGGUACUGGAAAAAUUUUUCAAUCCAAUAAUCAGAGGGGGUCAGUGGGAACUGCACGCCAGUCUUGCACGCA